AUGGCAGUACAGAAGAACACAGGUGACCUUGAUUUCAAGGAUCUGGAAGCCUUCAACAAAGCACUUCUGGGUAAGCAGUUAUGGAGGUUACUAACCAAGCCAAAUCUUCUGGUCAGCAAGGUAUUAAAGUCUAAGUAUUUCUCUCAGGAAUCCAUACUGCAAUGUACCCUCCCUAAGAAUGCAUCAUGGAUUUGGCAAGGAUUACUGGGAGCAAGAGGUUUACUAGAUGAAGGACUGAUUAGGAGAAUUGGAAAUGGUAGGAAUACGAAAAUCUGGGACCAUAAAUGGUUACCAGAGACACUCACGGGGAAGCCUUCUAUAUGCAGAACAAGUAACUGUGAGUUGAAGAUGGUAGAUAAGCUCAUAUGCCAGCAGAGAUGGAACAGGAAUGUUAUCUUCAGAAACUUCAACAAAGAAGAUGCUGAGAAGAUUCUCUGCAUCCCUCUAAGCCUAUCAGGGAGGAAAGAUAGCUUUUACUGGAAACCAAAAGUUGGAGGGGAAUACACAGUUGACUCAGGAUACAAAAUAUUGAUGGAGAAAGGCAGAAGCAAAAGGAGGUACAACCAGGAGGGAGCUGGAACAAGCGUUUCUAAAGGAAGCCAGCAAAUGGUACAGAUGUGGGAUACAUUUUGGAGGCUCAACAUUAAGCAUAAGAUCAAACACUUCAUUUGGAAGUGUAUUAAACGAGCUUUACCAAUCAGGGAGGCAAUGAGAAAACGAACAGGAGUAGGGGAUCCUAUCUGCUCAACCUGUGGUAAGGCACAGGAAACCAUAGAACAUAUGUUACUAAACUGUCCACACGCACUGGAAGUAUGGAAAUCAGCUCCCAUUCAGUGGGAUAGAGCAAAUGAUCAGAGGGGAGACUUCAAGAGAUGGUGGCUGAGAAUUACAGAGGCAAGAACUAGACAGGAAGGAAAGGAUCAUAUUGGCCUGACGGCAAAUAUAUUAUGGCAGGUAUGGAAAGAUAGGAAUAAGAAGGAAUAUGAGAACUCAGUUAGAUUAGCACCAUUGAGAAUAGUAGAACGUGCGCAUAAAGAGUGGAUGGAACAAGGGGUAGAGUUUAAACAGGGGAUAGAAAGAGUACAGAAGAAACAGUCCAUAUGA